CCCUUACGUACACUGAAUAAUUCAGAAGCUGCAACAAUGUCUGGCGUUGAAGGAGACAAAUAUCGUUCUUAUUUGCAUGGAGAAGGUGAGCUCAACACCACAUGGAGAUGGGGAGCUGCUCCAAAUUACGACAUUGUUAACAAGCUCUUCGAAGAAGGAAGAACUAAGGUAUGGCCUCCUGGAUCACUAGAAGAAAAAGUGCAGAACCUUGUGAAGACAUGGGAAAUGGAGCUUUUCCACAAGGCAGCCCUCGAUGAUGUCAAAUCAAUGGACUUUAACAAAUUCACGUUUAGCUUAAAUGGUCGGAAGGCUCUGGACAUGAUGGAAAUAAAGAAGCUCGGAGGAGGAUAUAACCCACACCUGCAAACAUCCCUCCCCGAAGAAUACAGAAUCUACGAUCCUGAAAAGGAAACAACCGAAUCAUCUCACAGGGCUUUUCUUACUGCUUUUCCAAGAGGUUUUGCUUUAGAAGUUCUCAAGGUUUAUGCUGGACCUCCUGAGAUUGUCUACAAGUUUAGGCACUGGGGUUACAGUGAAGGUCCUUUCAAAGGUCAUGCUCCUACAGGAGAUUUGGUUGAAUUUUACGGAAUGGCCAUCUUCCAGGUGGAUGAAGAUAUGAAAAUUGGUAGAACUGAGUUCUUUUAUGAUAGGGGAGAAUUGCUUGCUGGCCUAUUGAAAGGUGCCGCCAUUGAUGAUAGCUCUGCCAUGGAAGCAGCUUCAAAGUGUCCAAUCUUGAGGAAGACAGGGUAGAUUGUCCCUUCAGUUGAAACACCAUUUGCAGAUUUAUUGUUUUUGUUUCCAUUUAAAUUUGUAUGUU